AUGGAGUGCCAGGAUCCCAGAGGCCCAGGGGACGGUGCGGGACAUUCCCAAGCCUCGCCCAGACCCUGUCGCGACUUUCUGAAAGGGAACUGCAGGUAUGGUGAUCGGUGCCGAUACUCCCAUGAGAAUACCGGCGCGGAGCCUGCGGAAAAGAGGCCAUGCAAAGAGUUUCUCAAAGGACACUGCAAGUAUGGUGACCGCUGUCGCUAUUCCCAUGACCCCGGUGGCAGCCCUGGUGACCGCGCCCAUGUUCCCUGCCGGAACUUCGAAAAGGGCUUUUGCGCCUUUGGCGACCGAUGCAGGUAUGGUCAUGACGGAGCCGGUGGCGGCGGAGAUUCAUCAACGAUCCACAUUCCGCUGAACUCGGUGGCCGAAAAAGACAAGCGCGAGCAAUUGAGCUUCGAGGAAGCCGUUCAGCUCUUGGACUCUGCUUUCGAGCAAUCCACGACACGGUUGCCCGUCGAUGUGACUGGAUGGUUGGAGGCCCUGGAGUCGCAACGAACGGCCUUGACCAAUGAGGUCCAAGCCAUGGAGCCUGAGGAGAGGACGAAGAGUUUGGGCAUCGUUUGGCAAUACGCGGGUCGCGGCGGUGGCAAGGGCCGGGGAAGAGGAGAUCAUCCAUGGCAUGAGUUCAGCCCAACAGACAGUGCACAUGUUGAGGAGGCCUAUCAACGCUGGGAAGCCGGAGGCAAAUCCAAAGAUCCGGAGCAGUGUCGUGCUGAAAUUCACCUGGAAGGUGGCAUGGAUAUAUCAAUGGACUUCCAUUUGGGCACCCAGAUGACCGUUGGUAAAAAGGCUCGGCGACGAGUGCAGCGGAAGGAACUUCCAUCGAAGGCACAGCAGAGUUGCCAGCCUUUCUUCGAUGAGGUCUUGAGCAUCGUGGGCGACGUCUCGGGCCGUUUGGAGAAAGUCUCGGGUCAGAUCGCUGGCAUGGGCAUCGAGGAAGCACAGCAGAAGGAGCUGGAGGGCAAAUCUGCCAAGUGCGUCGAGGCCUUGCGGCCAGCGGUGACCACUUUCUUAGAGCUGUCCUUGUUCUGUGGAGCGAAUGCGUCUAUGGAAAAACUGGAGGCGGUUCUGGGUGAAAAGCCUUCGGCCACCCUGGGCGUUGCGGCUGGUGGAAGAGAUCUCCGCAUGCAGACCGUGCUGAAAGCGGUCAAGGAGGCUUUCCAGAUCCGUGCCUAUGGCAAAGCUUCUGCUGAUGGUCAGAGUCCAUGGCAUCAGAUCAGGCUGCUGGUCCAAGCCACUCGUGGUCACUCGGGGAAGAAAUUCUACGAUUUGAUCAUGAUCAAAGUGCGAUUGGCGAUGGUCAAGUUCCGAUCGGAAAGCUUGGAAAUCAAGCGACGCCACGCCUUCAUGUUAGCCGGCACCUUACUCAAUGAGUACAGCGACGAGGACUUCCAACGUCGCUUCAGGGGUGAACUCUCCAAGCUCUUUGAGGAUGGCAUCACCCAAGCGAUGCAAAACCAGAUGAGCUUCUCCACGGUGAAAGCCAUCCUCUUUGCGGCCAAAGCGAUGCGCAUCGGAAACUUCGGGAAGCAGGUGAGCGAAUGGUUGAAGAAGCGGCUGAAGAGCGCGCUGUCUUCCAACCAACCGUUGGAAACCACUGUGGAGCUGGUCCAACAAGCCAAGGACUUCCCAGAUGUGGACGGUGGGAAGAUCGUGAGGUCCGUGCAACCGGCACUGAUACGCAAGUGCCAGACAGCCAUCCUGUCAAAGACCAUCACACCAGCGCAGGUGAAUAAGAUUGGUCUUUUUCAGAAGAUCUUGGGGAAAUCCUUCGACCAAGCCCUGUUCCAAUCAUUGGAAGCCAGCUACGAUGAACAUCGAGCGAUGCUGACAGAAUGGUUGGUGGCUUACUGCGAACAUACUGGUGUGGACUUGCCUCCGUACUGCAUGAACGCCAACCAAAAGGAAGCCUUUGACCAGCUCCACAAGGCCAUCGAGGGUUCAAAGGAGAGAAGCAGCGAAGACAUGCUGCAGAAAGUGGAAGAACUGAAGAAAGCCGUGAUCUUCGCCAAGACGGUGCCGGAUCUGAAGAGCCACAAGGAGCUCAGUGAGGAAUUUGCGAAGGCCUUGGACAUUUUAAAAGUCGAGUCACAUUUGCCUCCAGGCUGGAAUCUGGAGGAUUUACUGGGCACAGAGAAGAUGUUCAGGAAAGCUCCUGUGACCAACCGACGAUCUCUAGAGCUCUUCCAGGCUUUGAUGACCUCCACACAUCAGAAGCGAUGGACUCGAGACCGCAAGACUCGGGGUGAUGGUGCUGCCAUUGCGGAUUCCUUUGAAGUGAUCCGUGUCAUCGAAGUGCAAAACCAGGCGAGCUGGGAAAAUUAUCACCGUCGCCGAGAUGAGAUUGUGAAAGAUUGCAAUCCACCGGAUCGCGAAGCGUAUGCACCGCUGUCCGACGAGCAGUGGAAUGAAUUCAGCGGACGGGUGAUGACUGAAUCCUUGGGGCACGAGAUCGUCUCUCAGUGUCGACUUUCGCCCUUGGAUUCUCGCUGCAACGAGUUCCUGUUCUUCCACGGUGUCAAGCCACAAGUGGCUGACCUUAUCGCUGAGAACCAUUUCGACAUCUCCUUCGCUUCUAAGGAUGGGAUGUUUGGUGCUGGUCUUUACUUUGCCGAAGCUUCCUCCAAAUCAGACGAAUAUUGCCAGCCCAACGAGAACGAUGAGUACCCCAUCAUCAUCGUCAGAGUCAUUCUGGGGCGACCGAAUUAUGUGGAUGCACCAAAACCUUUCGAUGAUCCAGGGAGAAGAGCCUUGGAACACAGCUGUAUGAGUGGCUCCUGCCAUUCCGUGAUCGGUGAUCGAAUCAAGGUGUCCAACACCUACCGAGAGAUGGCCCUCGCCUCAGCCGAUCACAUCAGAUCUGAAAGAUAUCGAACAUUGGAAUCAGUGGACCUUCAUCUGAAAGAUUUCUGGUUUCAUAACUUGGUGAUGCUGGAAAUGCCUAGUGAGAUGCGAAAGGCUCUGCGACUCCUCUGGCAUUGCGGGAAUUCGGCGCAGGGCCGCGUUGAAACCCUGCAGGCCGGUGGAGCAAAAUGUAUCACAGACUUCUUGUCCCAUGACGACGCCAAAGUGCGAGAAGCCGCUGUUUGCGCCCUGAAUGUCAUCUCUCUAGAGACACAAGGUAAAAAAGAUGUCUUGCAGCACUCCUUAGAGGCAAUCGCAAGGAUCAUCCAUAGCGAGUCGGAAACCACCUACCUGCAUGAGACCUGCGUCCAGCUGUGUCGUUGCGCUGCCGAGUUGCCGGCCUUUCGAUUUGCCUUUGCACGGCACGUCCUGAAAUCCAUCUGGUUGCUCGAGAAGGUCUUUGGCACUACCAGUCUAGCAGCCAUCAGCCCAUUGCUGAGCUCGAAGGAAGCCAUGGAAACCCGCAUCCAGGCAGCAGUAGUAGCUGAGCAUUUCUUAACGUCGAAGGAGCCACUGCUGGGGGAUGAUAUCAGGGUGCCGCCCGUGUGCCCGUUGAUCAAUGUUGAGCUGCCGCCAGCCUUCGGAUUUGAGGAAUGUGUCGAUAUCCUGCAGCAUCUGGUGGAGUUGAUUGAGCAGACGCCUUCUGCACAGGCUUGUCUCAAGGCCCUGGUGAGAAGGGAGAGGACACGGCAGGAGCUGGCCAAGCUUCUCAGGUCGGGUCUUUUGGUGGUGCCCAGCAAUCAGCGAAGUUUCGUGGAAUCGCUGGCAGCCGAGGACCAGUCACAGGGCAAGGACUUUGCCAGAGAGGAGUUGAUUGAGAGCUUCAAGCUGCGCCAGAAGUCGCGCUACCUGGUGGCUUUGCAGAUGGCCAUGGAUGCAGAGUUAGAGCAGCAGGAGAUCCCCUGUGUCUACAGCCUCCACAAGAUGAGCGACACUUUCCAGGUUCCCCGGCCGCCCAGUGGUUCCCGCAUCUCCUGUCAGCUGUGCUUCAUUUUGGACUACACGGCGAAUAUGAAGACACAGAUUUCACAGACCAAAGAAAGCCUCAACAAACUCGUGGAUCUCGUGACGAAUCUCCGGCUGCGUCACGCCAAAGAUGCCUCCAUUGAUCUGGAGAUGACGGCGGUGGCCUACACGGACUGGGACGCGGAUUCGGCCAAACUGGGCCGCCCCGUGGUCGCCGCCUUUGGGGGGAAGGAGAUCAAACGCUCGCACGACAGCAGCUUGACGCCCGCGGAUUUCGAUCUCGGCGGAAAGUUCACCAAAGAUGCGUCAGCAUUGCGAAGUUGGAUCGAACAAGGAUUCGGUCAUGGAGGGCAAAUUCCUGAGGAACUCACAGGUGCGAUGCUGGCGGCUUCCUACCUGCCAUGGAGCGCGCAAGAGAAACUGGCAGUGAUCAUCACAGAUGCCCCAUGCCAUGGGAAGGACUACAGCUCGGUGAUCCAUGACCCCUUUUGCGAUCCAACGACCGGCCUCACCUGUACAGGUAAACCGGAAGUGCCUUUGCGCCGGAUGAUGCAGAAGGGAGUCCGGGUCGUCGUCUUGCACACAGGUGAAGCACACGCGGUGAGCAUGUGCAGCCGCUUGCAGGAAACGGAUCCGAGACUUCUCCAUGAGAAGGUGAGUCCUCUAGAAACUUGCCAGAAAUUGGUCUCCGUGGUGGAAGCGAAAUUGCAAGUGCAGCCUCUGCACUAUUUGCUGAAGCCCUACCAACUGAAUCCCAGCGGUGACUCGCUACCACUGGCCUUAAACCACGAUGUGGAGAUCAAUGAGGCUGGUGUGAAGGAGAAGCAGAACACGGGCGGCGACGGUCUGAUCUUUGUGGGUCAUCGUGUGACUCCCACGGUGACCGUCGGACGCCCUGCGGAGUCAGAGCUGGAUGCCUGGUUCGAGCGGAAGAGUGACCAGGUGGAGUUGCCGCCGGAUUUUGACGGCAAGAAGACGUAUUUGUUCAAGAUGCCGACCAAGACGUGA